AUGGCUGUUACAAGUUGGAUGUUACGGGAAAGAACAUUUAGAACGGGUAGAUCAUUCAGUAGAUAUAAAAGCGAAAAUGAAGAAGAUACUAUUGAUCUCGAUAUUAGUAAAGAUAUCAAUGAAAAUGCCUAUGAAAUUUUAACAAACCUUAUUAAAAAACAAGGUUUGACAGAUGGAAAAAAACUAGGUUACUUAAAUAUUUUUGCUAAAUUAGUAGAACAAGCUGGAUCUGGUAAUGAAAAAUUUACUAUGAUUAAAGAGGAUAUGCUAUGUUGUUUAAAAGUUGGACUAGUAAGUGAAAACACUUUAGUGAGAGCUGGGGGAUUAAGAGUUGUUAGGUAUUUUAUUAGUACCCCAGACGAUGUGAUUUUGUUAAAUAAACUACAGAUUCCUAAUUUAAUAGCAAGAAGUAUAGACCUUGUUUUAAAAAAUGAUCACGAAAGAAUUCAAGCUUUCAGACUUGCUUUAAAAAUAUUAACUAUAUGUCCGAAACACUUUUCAACAGCUGUCACUAGGUCUUUAGUAUCUUUGGCGAAUAGCAUUAGUGAAAACAAGGAUAGAAUGAUUAAUUCUUGUUUAGCAAUUCUUUGCCAACUGUGUGUUUUAAAUCCAGAACUUUUUUUGGAAUGUAACGGACAGACUGCAUUACUCAGAAGUACCUUGGAAAUUUUUCACCCUCGAAUAAAUGAAUGUCUAGUUGGUUGUUUAUUAUUUUUAAUGAAUAAACCUGAAACAAGGUUUAAAGCCAAUAUUCAAUUAGAAUAUUUAACUAGUAUUUAUUGUGAUUGGCAGAGAAAUAGGAAUAAGAAAGAUCAAAGUAAUAUUUAUACCAGUAGCGUACUUUCAAUCUUAGCUGCUCUCAGGACUUGGACUGGAGUUUUUUAUUUAUGUCAACCUAAUAAAGUAUCAGGAAUGAAAGCGAUUGUGGAUGUAUUGUAUUUAAAUCAGUUUGAAGUCAGGAAAGCUAUUUUAGAAUUAUUAUAUGAAAUAUUUGGACUUGAUUACGAAGAGUGGACUGAUGAAAUGGAUAUCGCUUUAAAAAGUAUUGAUCCUUCCAAAUAUCAAGAUACAUGGAGUUUAAACGACAAAUUUAUAGCUGCAGAGGGUAAAGAUUUAUUACCUCAUAAAGCUUCAUUAAUCGUUUACGGUCUUAUCGAAUGCGGAUUAUUGUCUGCUUUAGUCGAAGUUGCAAUCACAACAGACGCCAUUCUUUCAGUUCCGGCUGUAAUUCUUUUAGGUCUUCCUACUUUAAUACACUAUGCAGCUAACGGUUCUCCCAAAGAAAAAACGCAAGCUUUAAUGGCGGUUUCGUAUUUGUGUAAAAUUCACGAAUUACUUAAAAAUAGACCGGCUCCUUUCAUUGGAAAACAGUCAAAAACGACGAAAAAAAAAUUUAUUGACAUGCAAAUAAAAAACGUUGAAGACCACAUAAAAGAUUCUAGAGUUUUGAAUGUAACGGAUUUUAAAAAAUGGAAUUGGAAUCACAUUUUAACAAGUCUCGAGUGUCAAAAUGAAUCAUUUAUCAGAUUGGAUGACUUGCAGUAUAAAAAUUUUAUACAGAAAUUAGUGUCAUUUUAUAAGCCAUCGAGUAACGAGUAUUGUAAUAUAAAAUAUAAUAGUAAAACGCAGAAUAAUAAUAUUUAUACAAUAACUUCAUUUGCGCUGUGGAAUUUUUUAUUACAAUCGGAGGAUGGAGAAGCAAGGAAAAUUUUAACGGAUUUUCUCACAGAUCUUAAUUUAAAAUUUAAAGAAAUAGUCUGUCAAUCAAACAUUCACGAAAUAUUAUUUAGUCCACAGCAAUUGAAUAGUACCCUAAGCCAACAUUAUUUUCUCAUGGUGGGAUAUUUAUUGAGUUCCGAUAAUGGAACGCAGGUUUUAACAAAUUCUUCCAUUCUUCAAACUUUAAUGGAAAUUGUUAAAAAUUUCAAACACGAGUAUUACGUUAAAUUAAUUUUAUCGUCCUUAAAUUAUAAUUCUAGUGAGGCAGCCAGGGAUAUAUUAAGCAAAGCUAUGACAUCCACGGUGGAUAACGUUAGGAUAUACGCCACAGAAUUGCUUCUCGUUUUAGCAAGAACCGACGUCAAUAAUUUUAGUCAAUGGGGUUUAGAUUUACUUAUCGGUCAAAUAUACGACGAAAAUAAAGUUAUUGCAAAUGCGAGCAUUAAUAUUUUGCACGAAUUAAGUUACGAUCAAUCGCUCAUCAGUAUAAGACCUGCUCUUUUACAUUUGGGAGAUAAAGGACAUUUAUUAUUAAUUAGAUUUCUUUCCACUGUAACCGGUUUUACUUUUUUAAGCGAUGCAAAUUUCGUUCAAAAUGAAUUGGAAAAUUGGGAAAAAGAAUACAAUCACAGGUAUGUUGGUCUUAUGGAAGCUGAUGUUCACGAUUCUUUAACUCUUUUCCAAAGAAACGAAGAAGGAAAAUAUUUAAAAAGAUUUUCAAAUUCUAAACAUAAAUGGAAAGAUACAUUUAUUUAUCCUCAUUUAUAUGGAGAAUUGUCUCAACACGAAAAAGGAUUUCAAGCAUUGGUUCAAAAUGGAUUCAUUUUUAAAAUGAUUCAAACCAUUCAAAAUGGUUAUUGCAACACGGAUGCAGAAAUUAUGGAAUUGAAAUCUAGCUUAUGGGGUAUAAGUAACAUGGCAACUUCCGUUUUGGGACUUGAGCUGAUCGAGCAAGAAAAUCUUGUACAAACGAUUGUAAAUAUUGCUCAAAAUUGUUCUGUUUUAUCCGUUCGUGCCACGGCAUUUUAUUCAAUUUGUCUUAUUUCAACCACAAUCGGUGGAGCAAAUGCUUUAUCAAAAUAUGGUUGGUAUUCCGUAAGACAUAAUCGCUGUGAAAAAUGGCCUAUAUUAGAAACUGAAUAUUUACUCAUGGAUGAAGCUAACGAUUCGAAAACUCAAGAUGAUUACGAAUCUUUGUCUUCAGUCGUAACUUACGAAUCCGAUGAUGCGGAUUCAAUCAUACUCGACUGUCAAAAAUCAUCCGUCGAUGUAAGAUCUCCUUUGUUCAAAGUUAAAAAAGCAUCCACGUUACCGACGGGAAUGGUACCUGAUUUCGAGGAAAAGCGGAAACGCGAAAGAAGGAGCACAAUGGAAUCGCAGAGUUCGGAAGGAAGCGAAGAAGUGGUCAAAAGUCCAGGAAUUCCGAUUUUGAGAAGAAAUCAUCAUCAAAGGAGUUAUUCCGAAAGUUUUUACAAAAAAAAAAGACAUUCGUCCGAUACUUCAUUCGACGGAAACGAAACUCAUCAGAAACUCAGUUUUCAAGAUGCGAUCGGUCUUGCCACAUUACAAUCAUUACACAGUUAUCGAAGACCGGAUAUAAUGUCUUUCGUCAAUUCGGAAUUGGAACAACCUGAUUUUAGAAAAAGAUUUUCUUCUCAAGAAAGAAUAUCAAAUUCACCAAAAUCCGAUUUCGAAGCUCAUAAUCCACCGAAACUUUUCGCGAAUACGAGUUCAACGUCGUUGAGUAGUUUGGUUCAUAAAACUCUCUCUCAAACUCCAGAUGUUAAAAAUCCUUCAAAUUUUUCUUACAAAGGAAUUUCAUUACCUAAAGUUUUAGUAGAUUUUUUCGUUAUGACAACGGAUGUAAGUGAUAAAAAGGAGGAAAGAAAAGAUUUGAGAAAAAGAGGAUCUCACAGUUUUAGCGAAAUGGAACAAGUUAAAGAAUUGGAAGAAAUCGAAGAUGAAGAUUCCAUACCGAGUUCAUCGUCGGAUGACACAGAAUCCGGAGAAUCAAAGAAAUCGGGAAAAAAAUUUAAGAAAAGUAAUCGAAUUCGCCAUAAUCCGACGACGUGCAUUGCGUGCUGUAUGAAAGUAUUCAAAGGAAAAAGGCAAAGGAAAAUUUCGAGCGAAAGUUAUCGAUUACGAACGGAUACGGAGAGUUCACAGGGAAAUCCUAGCGAAACAUCACCCAUUCAAAUAAAUGGCGAUCUAAAUCGUCAAAGCUAUCCGAAUGCUUUUCAAGAUCCAUGUUUAUAUUCAAGCGUUUGUGAAGUUUUAUCGAAUUCGGUAUGCAGAGUGACAGCAAGAAGGUUCAUACAGGAAUUAUUUUUGGAUGUUUCAUUUUCAAAGGUUUUCGAUGAUUCUGCUUAUCUUCUUCAACAAUACACGCCGACAGCACUGGUUUCAAAUCCUAAUUCUACAGGAGAUACAAUAAGCAAUAAAAAUUCGUCUCUAGCAUCAGUUUCGCCGCCAUUAGACUCGAUCGUUUCAGAAAGGGGAGACGAGGAUAAAGAAAUAAACAUACCAAAGAUUUCAAUACCAAAAUCAAAAUGUACAAGUCCAACUAGUUUAACGACGCUUUUUGAAAAUGUUCCUUCCACGCAAUUUCAAAUUAUACAAAAAGAUUUUGAAUCAUUAGGAACGAUUCAAGAUUUUUCUAGUCAUAAUAAAAUUUGUAAUUCUAACGAAAAAAUUUCCAAUGCCUCCUAG